AUGCGCUUUAUCUCCGCCGCCGCCGCCGUCUCUUUCUUCGUCGCUCUUACCGUCGCGCAAGCAGACUUUAGAGGGCUUCCCGACUGCUCCCUCUCCUGCGCCAUCGACACCGUCGGCAGCUGCAGUACUUCCGAUGUUAAAUGCAUUUGCACCAACCCAGAGCUGAUUAGCGAGCUCGCGUGCUGCAUCUCGGACCUCUGUAGUACGGCUGACCAACAAGCUACUAUCAGCUUCAUCAGUACCAUCUGCAGUAGUUACGAACUAUCCGUCCCUACCUCCGCAUCUUGCCCUACGAGAUCCUCUCAGAUCUCAUCUCUCAGUGCGACCGGGUUCCGUACUGGGAUCCCGGCUCCCGUUGCGGCUCCUUCUGGUAGUCCCACCUCACAAGGCGAUAGUACUACAACAACAGUCACCCCACCGGCCGGAACCAGUGCUGGCGGUAGUACCGGGCUCAGUACCGCCGUGAGCGCCGGGAUAGGCGUCAGUGUGGCAGUUGGCGUGCUGCUCUCUUGUGCCAUUGGAUUUUUCAUAUUCCGGGUAUUGGCAAAGAAACGGAAGGAGGAAACCACCAGUGGGGGAACCGACGUGGAGACGAGCUAUCUGGACUUGCCAGAACUUGGUGAUUCCGUUCAUGGCAAGAGUAUAUCAGAACUUAACGAUCCUGUUCGUGUCGAAGAGUUAGAUGGAAGUAUGAGCAUAUUGUCCGAAAUGGGAACUAAUGAUGAACCGAGGGCAGAACUGGAGGGAAGCUGA